UUGUGUAACCUAUCUAUAAAAUGAAUAUUGCAGAAAAUAUGAUUUCAAUCUCCCGGGUGGGACGUGCGCUUAGCCAGCGCUCCGUGCGUGCAUUUUCCUGCUCUGUUUCUCAUCAUGAUACUCCUACGCACACAGGACAAACGUUUGAAGCUAAUGACGUAAGAAACGUGAGGUUUGAUGUGACCGGCCUGAAGAAACAAACCAACGAGGCCUGGGCCAUUGACCUUAUUGCUAAAACCCCGGUUACUAAAGUUCACUCACGCGUGGUGUCCUGUGAUGGUGGUGGUGGAGCUCUGGGGCAUCCUAAAAUCUUCAUUAAUGUUGAUAAACCUGGUCCUCAGUCCUGUAACUACUGUGGACUUAGAUUCGAGCUAGAACAUCAUCAUUAGUUUAUAAUAUUCUUCCUGGUAGUUUAUCAGAGAUAGGAGAGUUCUAGGUUAAAUAUCGAGGAUAUUUGAGGUCGUAACGUCAGAGGCUUGAGCUCAACAUCUGUCCUCAAACCUGAGGUUGAGGUCAAUAUCUCUCCUUAAUCUUCCGAGUAGGAUAUUUGAGUUUAUGAGCAUCCUUUUCAUUUCGGAGACUUGAGGUCAAAUAAGUCCUCCGGCCUCUGAUAUGUCCUCCUGCACACGUCGGAGGAUUGAUUUAGAUAUCCGUCCUUAAACCUCGUAAUCCUAGAUUUCCCUUUCUCUUGUAUGUUCAAACUUAACUGACAUAAUUAUAUAGAGAUAUUUCAGA